AUGUUUGUAUCUAAUAUUAUAUUACUUAUAUUAAUAUCUUAUCUUCAUGCAAUACCACAAGAUCUUUAUUUAGAAUUUUCAAAAGAUGAAGAAAAUAAUCAUCGAUAUUCAAUUGAUUCAUUAGAGCCUGAAUUAGCUAUAACUAUAUUUUCUAAUUUACCAAUAAAUCCACAAAAACGGACAACUGUAAGACCAAUGGUUAAAAAAAUUAAAAAAAAGACUAAAUCAUCAUCAGAAAUAAAUUAUUUAGUACGCGUUAAAAGAGAUUCAUUAAACGAUAUGACAAGUCCAGAUUAUGCCAAUUUAAACAAUGAUUUUUUAAAUACUGAUGAUAUUAUGUUUUCUUAUGAUGAAAAUAUUGAUGAAAUGAAACAAGUUAAAUCUUUUGAUGCAAAUUUUUUACAUCAAACAAUUAAUAAAAAUGUUAAACAACAACAGGUCUUUGUUAAUGAUAAAUCAACAAUUAAUAAAAAAGAUAAAAAAAUUGGAGAUAUAGAAACUGUAACUGUUAUACUACCAUCACAAGAUAUACAAAUAGAUAAAGAAGAAAAAAACUGGGAAAAAAUAAUGAAUAAUAAUUUUGAAAAAAAAAAUUCAAAUGAAAUGAAUGAUGCAAAAAAUGAUGAAGAUAAAACUAUAGAUACAAAUGAUUUUGAUGACUUUUUUGAUAAUACUGGUGCUUUUACUGAUGAUUCAGUGAUUUCAACUCGUAAAAAACGUGAUAAUAUAAAUCAUAAUGAAAUACCAAAUUUUGUUCCUUACAAACGUGGUAAUUUAAAAAAUGGACGUAAAAUUAGAAUGGGAUAUUCAAAGAUUGAGGUUGUAGAAAUGACAUCAAAUAAACUGGAUGCUACUAUUAAUAAAGAUAUAAUUAAGAUUAAUAGUAAUUUUAAUCUUACAGAUAAUAUUAAAAAAAAAGACAAUAACAAUAAAAAUAUUACAAACUUUCAAAAUACAAAAGAAGUAUCAGAAAUGACAAAUGAUCAAGAAAAUACUAUACUUAAUAAGACAUCAAAUAUAGAUAACAAUAAAGAAAUAUCAUCUUCUUUCUUAAAUAAUAAUAUAACUUUAUUAGAAAAUGAUAAACAUAAGAUUUUUACUACCAAAAAUGAUUCAUUUAAUAAUGACAAAAAUGAUGAAAUUGAUAUAAUGAUUAAAGAAGAUAUGUUAAUUAUUAGUAAUCAAACAAUAAAUAAUACCAAUUUGUCCAAUAUUAGUAAAAAUAAUGAUUCAAUUAACAAUCCAAAACUUGAUUCUCAUAAAAGUGAUGAAACCAAAUUUUAUUGGAAGACAUUUUUUAAUAAUGGAACUACAAGAAAAGAAAUGUUUACUGAAAACAUUAAUACUAAUAUACAAUCAACAACAGCAUUACCAUUUUUUGAUGAAAAAAAUGAAAAUAAGACAGAAAAAUUAUUAUCUAAUAACAAUACCGAAAAUUCCACAACAAAUAAUAUUUUUAUGAAUGGUAUUGAAAAUAUUGCCACAUUUCCAAAUGACUUCCCAAGUCAGGAUGACUUUACUGAAUAUAACUCAGUUUAUUCUGAUAUUGAAAUCAUAAAACAUGAAAAACCAAUACAAUACAAAACAUAUUCAAUGGAUUUACCAUUAGAAAAAUCAACAAAAAAUAAGACAAAAUUAUUUAAAAAUAAAAAAAUUAUAAGAAAAAUUCAUAACUCACGUUCAUCCUUUAUACGUCCCUUCUAA